AUGGCUGAAGAAGAACCCAAGACUGCUCCUGUCCAGUCACAGGAGGCACAGAACGUAAACAGAUCAGCGACAUCUGCCGCGUUAUUUGAAACUGACACGAUCUCAGCACCUGCCACCAGCGAACCCAUGGACACAUCCGCCGACAAAACUGAGGCUAAGGAGAACGAUGCAGCACUUGCUGGCGCACAAGCAACCACUGAAGUUACCGCACCAGACGGCGAAGGAAAGACAGAGGCAGACGUCCUCCCUUCUGAUGUCGUAGAUGCCGCAACUCCUUCAGGCAACAAGAACGGAAAGAGAAAGUCCACUUCGGGUGUUCCGGAGCACAAGAGCAAGAAGCUGAACAAGAAGAAGUCGGUAGCACAGCUGAAUCUAGACAUCAAGCCGGGCGACUAUUACUGGGCCAGACUGAAGGGCUAUUCUCCAUGGCCUUCAAUCGUCUGCGACGAGGAUAUGCUUCCUGAGAUUCUCCUGGGCAACAGACCUGUCAGUGCCAAGCGUGCUGAUGGAUCCUACCGCGAGGACUACGAAGAUGAUGGCAAGAACGCUAAAGACAGAACCUACCCUGUCAUGUUCCUGGGAACCAAUGAGUUCUCUUGGAUGGUCAACACCUCUCUCACCAAGCUGGAGCCUGGCGACUGUACCCCCGACAAGCAGACCGGCAAAAUGUCCAAGGCUUUGAAGGAGGCUUAUGACAUUGCUGAAGAACGCCACGACCUUGAUUACUUCAAGAACAUGCUCGAUGAAUUCAUGCAGCAACAGAAGCAGGCUCAGGAAGAAGAGGCUGCCAAGCAAGCUGAGAAGGAGGCCAAGGCUGCUAAGAAGGCCGAGAAGGCUGCUGCAGACAAGACCAAGGAGAAGAAGGACCGCAGAAAGAGCAAGAGCAAGGAGACUGUUUCGGAUGCGGACGACAUGGACCUUGACGUUCCUGAGAAUGCAGAGGCCAAGCCCACCAAGAAGAGAAAGAAGGAUGCCGACAGCGAAGGCGAGGGUCCCAAGCCCAAGAAGACACCCAAGGCCACAAAGGUUGCCGCCACCAAGACUAACGGCGAAUCGGCUAAGAAGGCAGCCAAGCCCAAGAAGGUUGUGCAAAAGCCUGCUGAUGAGGAACCUGCUACCGAAGCCGAGAAGCUGGAACGUCGCGAGAAGGCCGUCCUCUACCUCCGCCACAGACUGCAGAAGGGCUUCUUGAUGCGCGAUCAGACACCCAAGGAAGAUGAGAUGUCCACCAUGAACGACUUCUUCAACCAACUCGAGGGCUACACAAACCUCGAGCCUGCCAUCAUCCGUGGCACAAAGAUCUACAAGGUGCUCCGUGGUAUCAUUAAGCUCUCGUCAAUCCCCAAGGAGGAGGAAUUCCAGUUCAAGAAGAGAUCAAACGACCUUCUUGCCUCGUGGCACGAAGCACUCGGCUCCAAGGGUGAUGAGAAGGAGGAAGACAAGGCCGAGGACAAGGACAAUGGCGAAAAGGCAGAGAAGCCCGAGGAGGUUGUUGAGAAGGCUGAGUCUAAGGAGCCCACUGAGGCUCCCAGCACCACUGAGGCUGCUGAGAACAAGGAUGUUCCUAUGACUGACGUGAAGGAGGACAAAGCUGAGGAGGCCGCUCCCGCCGCACCUGCUGCACAAAGCGAGACUGCAGCCGCCGAGUAG